GGGGCGCGUGCGGCGCUGGCGCGGCGGUGGCGUGCGCGCGCAGGGGGCGCGAAGGUGACCGCGGAGCUCCGCUUCCUGCCGCGGGCCCUCCAGGAUGGCUGCCGUGCUGGGGGACACCAUCAUGCUGGUCAAAGGCCUUGCCAAGCUGACCCAGGCGGCCGUGGAGACCCACCUGCAACACCUGGGCCUCGGCGGGGAGCUCCUCGUGGCAGCCAGGGCCCUGCAGUCCGCGGCUGCGGAGCAGAUCGGCUUGGUUUUGGGGCAGGUGCAGGUUCAGGAUCAGCGCCAGGAGCCUUAUGCUGAGAGCUUCGACGACCCGGAAGCAGAGUUUGCUGGGCCUCAGACUGCGGGGGCCCCCACAGAUUUCUCUGCCGCCUCCUCUCCUCACCGGUCACCGCCCCCACCCUGGGAUCACACUGGCAGUGAGGGCCCAGCUCCAGCCUACGUGGCCAGUGGACCCUUUAGGGAAGCCGGGCUCCCGGGCCAGGCUGCCUCCCCUCUGGGCAUGGUCACUGGGAGGCUCUUUGGAGACCCCAGACACACGCUUGCUGCCACAGGCCUUCCGCGAAGGUUCUUCCACCAGGACCAGCCCCCCGUGGGGGGCCUCACCACGGAGGACAUUGAGAAGGCCCGGCAGGCCAAGGCUCGCCCCGAGAGCAAGCCCCACAAGCAGAUGCUCAGCGAGCACUCUCGGGAGCGGAAGGUGCCGGUUACACGGAUUGGGCGGCUGGCCAAUUUCGGAGGUCUGGCUGUGGGUCUAGGCUUUGGGGCACUGGCUGAGGUAGCCAAGAAGAGCCUCCGCCCAGACGACCCUUCAGGGAAGAAGGCCGUGCUGGAUUCCAGCCCCUUCCUGUCGGAGGCGAACGCGGAGCGGAUCGUGCGCACGCUGUGCAAGGUGCGCGGGGCGGCGCUCAAGCUGGGCCAGAUGCUCAGCAUCCAGGAUGAUGCUUUCAUCAACCCCCACCUGGCCAAGAUCUUCGAGCGGGUGAGGCAGAGCGCGGACUUCAUGCCACUGAAGCAGAUGACGAAAACGCUUAACAAUGACCUGGGCCCCGGCUGGCGGGACAAGCUGGAGUACUUCGAGGAGAGGCCCUUCGCGGCUGCCUCCAUCGGCCAGGUGCACCUGGCUCGCAUGAAGGGUGGCCGCGAGGUGGCCAUGAAGAUCCAGUACCCCGGCGUGGCCCAGAGCAUCAAUAGUGACGUCAACAACCUCAUGGCUGUGCUGAACAUGAGCAACAUGCUUCCCGAAGGCCUGUUCCCCGAGCACCUGAUUGACGUGCUGAGGCGGGAGCUGGCCCUGGAGUGUGACUACCAGCGGGAGGCCGCCUGCGCCCGGAAGUUCAGGGAGCUGCUGAAGGACCACCCCUUCUUCUACGUGCCCGAGAUCGUGGAUGAGCUGUGCAGCCCCCAUGUGCUGACCACAGAGCUGGUGUCCGGCUUCCCCCUGGACCAGGCGGAGGGGCUGAGCCAGGAGAUCCGGAACGAGAUCUGCUACAACAUCCUGGUCCUGUGCCUGAGGGAGCUUUUCGAGUUCCAUUUCAUGCAGACGGACCCCAACUGGUCCAACUUCUUCUAUGACCCUCAGUUGCACAAGGUGGCUCUUCUGGACUUCGGGGCGACUCGGGAAUAUGACCGAUCCUUUACCGACCUCUACAUUCAGAUCAUCAGGGCAGCUGCUGACAGGGACAGGGAGGCGGUGCUGAAGAAGUCCAUCGAGAUGAAGUUCCUCACUGGCUACGAGGUCAAGGCCAUGGAGGACGCCCACCUGGACGCCAUCCUCAUCCUGGGAGAGGCCUUCGCCUCGGAGGAGCCCUUCGACUUCGGCACGCAGAGCACCACCGAGAAGAUCCACAACCUGAUCCCCAUCAUGCUGAAGCACCGGCUCGUCCCGCCCCCCGAGGAGACCUACUCCCUGCACAGGAAGAUGGGGGGCUCCUUCCUCAUCUGCUCCAAGCUGAAGGCCCGCUUCCCCUGCAAGGCCAUGUUCGAGGAGGCCUACAGCAACUACCAGCGGCAGGCGGCGCGGCCCUCCGCUUGAGCCCCGCGCCCGCUGGCGCCCCGGGCAGGCUGCCCCGUGUGCGCAGCCUCUG